GUCGCGCCCGCAAGAGGGUGAAAUGUGUUGGUACAACACAGCCUCUGUGUAUCGACCUGAUACCGCAGAACUAUGGCCGGAGCCGGUCGAUCUAUCGCGGCGGUGUUGUUCAGCCUCAUCGGGGGCGUGAUGAACGCAACGUGGCCGCUGUUCUGCAAGCCCGAGUCACCGGAGCUCAUUCGGGUGGCUACAAGUGACGGCUGGCAGUGGGAGAACGUUUGGCUCCCUUUCAUCAUCCAUUCCACGGUGCUGAACGCGAUAUUUUGCGUGAGCGUGGUGGGCCCAGACGCCCUGUUGGCCGUGUACCGUGAGGCUUCCCCUGUCGACCUCGGUCUCGUGUGCACCUUUUCUUUCCUCUGGGGGUCCGGCACUGCUUGCUUCUCGUUAGGGAUACAGCUGCUGGGGGCCGGACCGGGCACGGCUCUGGUCAUGUCGCUCCUCGUCGUGAUCGGGACUCUUCUGCCGUUGAUCGAGGACCACGCGGACGACGCGGGUUCACCUGCAGCACUGGUCACCUUGCUCGGCCUUCUGUUCGCCAUCAGCGGUUUCGUCUCGUCGGCGCUAUCCUCGGGCAUCAAGGCUCGCGCGAUCGAGGCCGCACAGAGCAAGGCAAAGGCUGAAUCGGGCGCCGACGAGCAGGCCGAUCGUGUCGAGGCAUCCACCGCAGCCGCCGCGGUAGCUGCACCCGGCGCGACCGGAACUCCCCACGCCAAAGCCGUGACGGGCACAACCCAACCGGGGAAGGGGACGACGCCGGCGCUGACCAAGGAGGCUUCCGACGAAACACAAGGGGCGGGAGAAAAGACCAGCCACUUGACCGCCGUCGCCGUCUGCGUGGCGGGCGCGGUCAUGUCUUCCAUGCUGCAGUUCUCGUUCGUCUACGGAGACCCGCUGAUCACGCACGCAGAGGAAGAAGAGGGAGUGUCCGGCGCUGCGGCACCCCUUGUUGUGUGGCUUCUGGCCUUCUCCCUGGCGGCCCUGUGGAACGUGGCGUACGCGGUCUAUCUGCUGUCGAAGAACGAAACGUGGGCGCGGUACACGUGGGUGGGAUGGUCGGACGUGGCCCGGAAGUCUCGCAAUAUAACUGUCAUGAGCUUAUUCUUCGUGGGGCAUAUCCACUUUUACGGACAAUCGCAGCACCUGUUCGGGGACCUUGGGCCCGUUGUCGCGUGGCCUCUGAUCAUGAGCUCCACGGUCCUGAGUGGGCAGAUAUGGAGCGUGUUCAUGAAGGAGUGGGCGGGCGUGCCGCCGCUGGCCAUGAAGGUUAACGUCGCAUCGAUUUGCCUUCUCGUCGCGGCUGUCUCGAUCAUCGCCAUCGCCGGAGCGGUGUUGUAGCGCUGAAAGACUCGAGAGGGUCGGUCGGCGGUAAUGUUCAACUUGAUACUACAAUUUGUUUUUGAAACGUUGUUUUUUGUGUUCGUUAUUUACGGCAACAACAGCGGUGGCGGUGAAAAGAGUGCUUCGCCACAUCGGAGCGCCCCCUGUUGUGCCUUUCUCGACACAAACCUGUGCUUGUGGGAACGAUAGAUCGUCGGUCUUCGGAAACGGUCUCCAGACCGGCGCGUGUGUGUACGGCAACGGCCUACAUGUCGCUGUCGGGGUGUAACUUUUUGGCGCUUUGCUUCGGUUGGGGCGGUUUUCAGGGUUACGUUCGGGUGGUCUUUAUAGUCUCUUGUCGAGAAUGUGACGCCGACCUCUCCGCCGAAUGGACGAAAACAGAAGUCGUUUGUUGAGCCACAGCGUGUGUACAGCCGUAGGUGGACGGGUGUUGUUUAUAAUUAAUCGUGUGGAGUUGCUAGACAGCCCCGAUAAGAGGCGUUACCCGAGAGGUGUCGGUCGGAAGUCGGAUUUUGUCGGGAGGUGGAACAGCUUUGACGGAGAGAAGAUAGACGGACACCGGGCUAUUGCGUGAAAGUCUUACGCAAUUGGACAGGCCGUAAGAAUCACAUGGUGUGUAGGGGAACGGUUCUCGAUUGAAAUGUCCGUGAGUAUUGGUAUUUGCCGAGACGAUUUUGUAGGUGUGUGUGUGUUUUCCCAAGUUUUGCUUUGUGAAAGGGCGGGUUGGGCGGGGGUUGGAUGUAGCUGUCGUAGUUGCUGACUUUUUUCCCCCCGGAAGUGCGUGUCAUCGGGGCACUAUAAUGGAGCCAAAUAAAUUAUUUACACGACGCUGGCAGCAUGCAAGUCGCUGGUGCCGUCUGUUGGUAGAUUUAGUACUUGGAUUUGGGUAAGGGUUAUUGAGACGAUCAUAAUGGCUUCUAGGGAGAGGAACGACACACAAAUGCCCUUCUGAGUGAAUCACAAAGACGCUGGGA